AUGGCCUCCUCCCCCUGCCCUGAGCCCUGGAGCCAAGGAGGCUCAGAGGGCCUGCAGGGGGAGCUUGUCCUGCAUCAGUGCCUCCGAGGGGCAGUGAUCAGGCCCCCGGUGGCAUCCCAGCCGCAGCACUGUAGCUCCGUGAGUGCAGCCUGGGAGCCCGAGCAGCCGCCACGGCAGCAGAGCCCACCCGAGGGGCAGAACCCGCAGGACACGAGGACCUUGCCGGAUGGGGAAGAGGGCAGAGUCGUCAGUGUGGGACUCAGAGCCGGGCUGGGCCAGCCCAGGGGCCGCUGCGCCGCCACUUCAGCACCUCGGAGAGCGCCGGCGGGGCGGGGCUCGCGGGGCCGGGGGCGGGGCGGGGGCGGAGCGUACGAGACCCCGGCGACGGCGCGGGGGCGCGCGGCGGAGCUCGCGCUAGUCCCGAGAGCGGCGCGCGGUCCGGAGCCGCGCCCUGCCCUGCGCAGGUGCGCCCGCCGCGCCCGCCCCAGCCGAGCCCCGCGGCGGCGGCGGCCUUUCGCCGCGCCCCCGCCUCUUUCCCCUCCGCCGCCGCCGCCUUCGCCGCCGCCGCCUCUGCGCCGCGCUCCGCCCGGAUGGCCAGGGCUGUGCCGGAGAAUGGCGGAGCGAGAGAGCGGCGGCCUGAGCGGGGGGGCCGCGUCCCCGCCUGCCGCCUCCCCGUUCCUGGGGCUGCACAUCGCGUCGCCGCCCAAUUUCAGGCUCACCCAUGACAUCAGCUUGGAGGAGUUUGAGGAUGAAGACCUCUCAGAGAUCACCGAGGAGUGUGGCAUCAGCCUGCAGUGCAAAGACACUCUGUCCUUGCGGCCCCCGCGCGCCGGGCUGCUGUCUGGGGGCGGCGGCGGCGCCGGGAGCCGACUGCAGGCCGAGAUGCUGCAGAUGGACCUGAUCGACGCGGCGGGGGACACUCCCGGCGCCGAGGACGACGACGAGGAGGAGGAGGAGCGCGCAGCGCGGCGGCCGGGAGCGGGGCCGCCGGAGGCCGAGCCCCGCCAGGAGCCCGCGCCCCGCGGCCAGGGCCAGGGCCAGGGCGGCGGAGACACGUAUCGGCCCAAGCGGCCCACCACGCUCAACCUUUUCCCGCAGGUGCCGAGGUCUCAGGACACAUUGAAUAAUAAUUCUCUGGGCAAGAAGCACAGUUGGCAGGAUCGGGUGUCUCGGUCAUCAUCACCCCUGAAGACCGGGGAGCAGACGCCUCCACAUGAACACAUCUGCCUGAGCGAUGAGCUGCCGCCCCCAAGCAGCCCUGCCACCACCAAGGACCGAGGCACCUCUACCGACAGCCCCUGCCGCCGCAGCACCGCCACACAGAUGGCCCCUCCCGGCGGCCCCCCCGCGGCCCCCCCGAGCAGCCGGGGCCACUCGCACCGAGACCGCAUCCACUACCAGGCGGACGUGCGGCUAGAGGCCACCGAGGAGAUCUACCUGACGCCUGUGCAGAGGCCACCGGACCCUGCAGAGCCCACGUCUGCCUUCCUGCCGCCGGCCGAGAGCCGGAUGUCAGUCAGCUCCGAUCCAGACCCUGCGGCCUACCCCUCCGCGGCGGGCCGGCCGCACCCCUCCAUCAGUGAGGAGGACGAGGGCUUCGACUGCUUGUCGUCCCCGGAGCGGGCUGAGCCGCCGGGCGGGGGGUGGCGGGGGAGCCUCGGGGAGCCGCCGCCACCUCCACGGGCCUCGCUGAGCUCGGACACCAGCGCCCUGUCCUACGACUCGGUCAAGUACACUCUGGUGGUGGAUGAGCACGCACAGCUGGAGCUGGUGAGCCUGCGGCCGUGCUUCGGAGACUACAGCGACGAGAGCGACUCGGCUACCGUCUAUGACAACUGCGCGUCUGUCUCCUCGCCCUAUGAGUCGGCCAUCGGGGAGGAGUACGAGGAGGCCCCCCGGCCGCGGCCCCCGGCCUGUCUCUCCGAGGACUCCACGCCGGACGAGCCUGACGUCCACUUCUCCAAGAAAUUCCUGAACGUCUUCAUGAGCGGCCGCUCUCGCUCCUCCAGUGCAGAGUCCUUCGGGCUCUUCUCCUGUGUCAUCAAUGGCGAGGAGCGGGAGCAGACACACCGGGCCAUAUUCAGGUUUGUGCCUCGACAUGAAGAUGAGCUGGAGCUCGAGGUGGACGACCCUCUGCUGGUGGAGCUGCAGGCUGAGGACUACUGGUACGAGGCCUACAACAUGCGCACGGGCGCCCGGGGGGUCUUCCCCGCCUACUAUGCCAUCGAGGUCACCAAGGAGCCGGAACAUAUGGCAGCCCUGACCAAAACCAGCGACUGGGUGGACCAGUUCCGGGUGAAGUUCCUGGGCUCCGUCCAGGUUCCCUACCACAAGGGCAACGACGUGCUCUGUGCUGCUAUGCAAAAGAUUGCCACCACCCGCCGGCUCACCGUGCACUUUAACCCGCCAUCCAGCUGCGUCCUGGAGAUCAGCAUGCGGGGCGUGAAGAUCGGCGUCAAGGCUGAUGAUUCCCAGGAGGCCAAGGGGAAUAAAUGUAGCCACUUUUUCCAGUUAAAAAACAUCUCUUUCUGUGGAUACCAUCCGAAGAACAAUAAGUACUUUGGGUUCAUCACCAAGCACCCCGCUGACCAUCGGUUUGCCUGCCAUGUCUUUGUUUCCGAGGAAUCCACCAAAGCCCUGGCAGAAUCCGUGGGGAGAGCAUUCCAGCAGUUCUACAAGCAGUUCGUGGAGUACACGUGCCCCACGGAAGACAUCUACCUGGAGUAGCCGCGCUGCCCUGCCCUCUCCAUCCCUGGGCCCACAGGCUGCGCUGGGACACCUGGCUGCUGAUGGGACGCAGGCAUUGCUUGAGGAGGGGCGCCCGUCACCACCCGAGGACGGGAAGUGGGGGCCUUUGGCCGAGGGCGGGGUUUCUAGGGAGAGGCAAAUGCAGUUUAUUGUAAUAUAUGGGACUAGAUGCAUCUAUGGAGGACAGAGCAGGCUGCCCAGGGACUGGGAGGCAGCGGGGCUGGGGG